AUGAAAUUAAUAGAUCUACCUUCAAUCUAGAAAAUUAGAAGCGAAAUAAAUAGUGCAAGACUUGAGUAAAUGCAAUAAAAAGAAGAUAUUUCAGAGCAAUCUACAGCGAAGGGAGAAAAGCAGAAAUCGAAUAGAUAAUAAAUUCACUAAUUUAGAAAACAUGAAUGUAAUUUAUAUCUGAAAUCAUGCUAGAGUUCAUUUAGAGAAAAAGAAACUGAAAAAGAAAUAAUUUCUUCUUUGACUAACUAAAAAUCUAUAGAAUGCAUAUAAAUAGAAAAUAUUUAACCUCCAAAUUAUGAGCAGACAACUUGUUAAAAUUAAGAUUAAUAAAAUAUAAUUUCUGUUGAAAAUGCUAAUUAGUAAGCUGAUAAAAAAAUUACUGAAGAAUAAUAAAACCCCAAUAAUUAAGAACAAAAAACAGAAAUUAAAUAAGAAAGUAAUAAAACAAGUACUCCUUAAAAUCAAUAAAUUAAAGAAGAAGAGGAAUAAAAUUGCUUAAUUUGUUUUUAAAAUAGUCAAGACUCCGUUUUUAUGAACUGUGGACAUGGAGGAAUAUGCUAUGAUUGCAGUUUGGAUAUAUGGAAAAUAACAGGGGAAUGCUAUUUAUGCAGAGAAAAAAUUAAGUAAAUCUUGUAAAUUGAUCUUUAAUACAAGAAGCAAAAGAAUUUAGUUAAAAUUCUCUACAUCACUGAGCUAACAGAAGAGAGCGAAUCUGAAUCGGAUAGCGAAUAAAGCGACUGA